CUACUGACAGCGCGCUCACUGCCAGCGCCGGAAAAUCCGUUCUCCGGACUAACGAAGCUGCCAUAUCCCACGCCAAGCGCAAAUCGUGCACCGCUUAUUAGUUUCGCAAUUAUACGUAGAGCUAGAAUAGACAGUUAUAUACUACUGUUAGGAAGAGAUGGCGGGCUUCCAAUUGGAUGAUCUGCUGAGGGACGACAGGAAAGACGCGAACCUCAUUCCUGAUCUCAGCAAGGCCACCUGCAACUCGCAGGAGGAGUUCCGCAGGCUCAUGGAGUGCUGUCCUGAAUUCAAGAUCAAAGCCGACAAGGUAACGCGCGAGGACAGCAGUUGCAAGGUGCGGGACAAGGAGUUCUCCUGGCGAACGACGAAGAAGGAGCUGCGCGCGAUCGGCCGCGAGUGGAGCUACGGUGACCCGAUUCCGCCGGACAUGAGGACACUUAAUCUGCAGGAGCUGCAACAGGUCGCGAUCGACUGGCGGAUGCUCACCUCGCUGAGACCGAAGCUCAGGCAGGACGAGGAGAUGUUCUCUCGAUUGGUGGAGAUGGGCAAGCUGCAGGUGAAGAGCCAAGCGCGCGAGCGACGCAGCUUCGUCAGCCCGAUCCGGCGCGCGAAGAACCGCGCGGGCAUAAUCGAGAGCAGCGUGCGCAUCUGCGGCGAUUGCGGCGAGGAGUUCUGCAGCGGAGAGUCCUGCGGAGACGUCCUCUACGACGCGUUCAUACGCGUCACCGUCACCCCGCACCGGGCCAAGGCUAGACUCACAGCCGACGCUGCGGCCAUCAUCGCCGGCAUGGAUUCCGGUCAAGGCAAGUCUGGCAAGAAGAAGAGAAAACGAGGAGGCCCAGGAAUGCCGCGAAUGGGAAAAAGCGGAGGCAAAGCCGCGCGACUCCUGGUGCGCAAAGACAAGCCGCCGGGAGGAAAAGGAGCAGCCAGGAAAGAGAGCGACCGCAGCGACGACGCGAAAGCUGGAAGCUCCGGGCGCAAGUUCCGCCGGAAGUGCACCAAGUACCCGACGAAGAAGCGCGGCGCCGCCUCGCCCAAGUGAGACUUUUUCGAGAGGAGCGGCUGACCUACUUUCGUGGGGUCAAGUGGGAGCUAUGGAUAAAAUGUUAUCUACCUAUAGGUACUAUAGCUGAGUACUAUAUAAGUACAACUACGCUACUGAAGCUACCAACGAAAUAGUCGCUUAUGUUGACAGGUGCAAUUUCAUGUAAACUGGUGCUAGAUUAUUCAUAUCACAUACUCAUUAUAAUAUAAUAUAUACUCAGUUUUGGGUUAGAACCGUUGAUUCAUUGAAAUAGGUAUAUCAUGAUAUUACACGCUUGAUGUGACAGUUGGGUUCACAGACUUUUCAGAUGGUCAUUCUUGUUUUGUAAAUUUAUACCGUUAUUAUAUUAUACAGCAUUGAAUUUUA